AUGAGCCAAAGAACUGCUCAGGUUGGAUCAUCAGAAAAGCUAACAGUUCAUUUAUCUAAAGAAUAUAAUUGCAGUUAUAUAGAUAACAUGAAAAAAGAAAAAGAAGUAUUAGAAUAUAUUGCUCAAAUAUUACAAGCUUAA